AUGUUUCUGGCAAUAGCAUUAUUGUUUUUCGUCAUUUGGUCACCGGUUUUUCAUACUGUCAUGAUUGUAGUAAGCGCCCCCACUCAACAACAGCCGGAUCCGGAAGAAUUCUGGAUUUCUGUUGAUUUGUUAAAUGUUGAGUGGAAGCCGUCUUGCUUCAUAAUCAGUUAUUGCAAUAAACCGGAACUGAAAAUGAUCAAGGCAAAUCCGGUAAACGGAGAGAAAAGCACAUUUAGUUGGCAGUUAGACCAAAAUCUUCAACUGUUGUCCAAUAGCGUUUUCAUUAGCCACUGGACAACAGGAUCCCAUGUGGAUAUUGAAAUGAGUAUCGAAAUUAUCGGUAUUGAUCCGAAGUACCGGUUUCAACGCAGUUGUGAUCAAACUGUCGCAACGAAGGCUUUCAAAUAUGAAGUACAGGAAGAGCAUUCUGGAAGUUCAAGUGUGGGAAAUGGCAGUGACCUCGGUCAGUUGAUUGUUGAACUGCGAGGUCGAUGCUUCAAUGCUACGUUAACGGUUCAAAAGUAUAUCAGGCAGUGUCCAUGGUGGAUCAAAGCUGAAACAACUACGGCUGCUACUGCUGAGCCUUAUGAAAAUGAAUUUCCUCCAAUCGAACAGUGCACUUUCGUGGUGUUUACCUGCAUCGUCACAUCCUGUCUGGUAAUUAUGUGUGCUAUUCAGUACAUUUUAAAGCUAUACGAAAAAUCAGGGAAAUUAGCGAAGCGGAAAGCAACAAUAUUACCUGUUGUUCAGUCAAGAAGUUGGAAAAUCGUGAAAAUCGAUGGGAAUAGCCACUUAACCUCUGACACGAUGAACGACAACAAAAGUAGCACUAGCAGAUCCACUCUGAAAAGUGAAUCGUUAAUCAACUGUGCUGGCGGUCAAAUUUUUGCUAAUUCGGAUACAAUAAUCGAAAGUGACCGGUCAUCAUCUAUAAACGAUAGAACUUACGAUAAUGUCGCUCAUUCUGAUGAUGUUUAA